AUGGCGGCAGCUAUUCACUUGUCAAUUUCAACUCCAACCCCUAGUUUCCGUGCGCCUUGCCGCACCCUCCCACCUCUCCACCCACCAAUGACCCUCGCCAAAUUCCAACCCUUACGCCACCUCUCUCGCCGCGGGUUCUCCGUCUCCGCUGCCGCCGUCCGGCAGGACACAACUCUCUGGACACCUGCACCGCUGCUAAAGAUCUCUCCGGCCGCAGAAUCGCUCUUCAACAUCACCAUCGACGUGUCGGAUACCCCCGACCUCGCGGGCUCCUACACCACGGCCGGCCAGUAUCUGCAGCUCCGCCUUCAGGAUCCCGACACCAAACCCGCGUUCCUCGCCAUCGCGUCGCCGCCUUCGACCGCCGUGUCCAAGGGCGUGUUCGAAUUUCUGAUAAAGUCCGCUGCGGGAUCCACCGCCGAGCUCCUGUGCGGGCUUCAGAAAGGCGAUGUCGUGGAGUUGACUCUGGCCAUGGGCAAAGGCUUCAAUAUCCAUCAGAUAUCCCCUCCGGAAAAUUAUCAGACGGUGGUGAUUUUCGCCACCGGGUCUGGAAUUAGCCCAAUUCGGUCUUUGAUCGAGGCAGGCUUCAAUGCUGAGAAGAGAUCCAAUGUUAGGCUCUAUUAUGGAGCCAGAAGUCUUGGACGCAUGGCAUAUCAGGAGAGAUUUAAAGAUUGGGAAUCUUCUGGAGUUGAUAUUGUGCCCGUGCUGUCACAGCCGGACGACAGUUGGAAAGGGGAGCGAGGUUAUGUUCAGGCUGCCUUUAAGAAAGAGAAAAAUAUCAUUACUCCUCAAUCCACUGGUGCAGUGCUCUGUGGUCAAAAGCAGAUGGCCGAGGAGGUGACUUCGCUUCUUGUAGCUGAUGGUGUAUCGACUGAAAAGAUCUUGAAGAACUUUUGA